CCCAGCCAUAGAGAGACCGAGAGCUCCCAGAGAACCCGGACUCCGCCAUCUUCACGUUGCAAUCUAUAGCUCCCAGUCCGCGCCCGCACCGACCCAGGCGCACUGGGCAGGCUGCCCCUCAGCCCAGCUCCCCCUGGGCCCGCGGCGCCAGGGGAGCGCUGGGGAGCGCUCGCGGGGACCCGGCAGCCUCUCCGGCCGGCGCCAGCCCGCCAGGUGAACUGGGAAAGAGCCGCUCCUGGAGCCCCCCAGAGCCUCGGAAGGGUCAGUCUCCGAGAAAAAAACCAGGCAGCCCGCAGAAAACCCAGAAACAACCGAACCGGGGCAGUUUUACAUUGCUUUGGGUUUUUUGAGGGGGCGGGGUGAGGGGGUACGAGACAAGUCCCCAAGUUUUCUUUGCUUUUUUUCUUUUCUUUUUCUUCUUUUCUAUUUGUUUGCACCCCCCCCUUCCCCCCUCCUGGUAGAAGUGCGCUUUCCACCUACCAGACCCUGAAAGAAAAGUGUCAGGAGCCGGUGCAAAAUCCGGUUUAAGUUCAAGAAGACAUUGGGAGGUCCAGGAGGCCAAACAGUUUGAAGAAGUGUAAGCGAUUUUUUUUCCUUCAAAAGAAUAUAUUUUUAAAGAAACCAACCAGUCCGCGGCAAGCAACAGCAGAUUUUUUUUUUUUUGCCUUUCUUCUAUUUUAGAUCGAGAGGUUUUCCUUUUUUUUUUCUUCUCUUUUUCUUUUGGCAAACAAAACAAAAAACAGCAUAGAAGAAACAGCAAAAUAAAGAAGAAGAAGAGGAGCAAGAAAGGGCAAGAGAGGAAGGGGGGAAAAAAAAACAAAACACCAACCCGGGCAGAGGAGGCGCGGCGGCGGCGGCGGCGGUAGCGGCGCGGCGGCGGCAGCGGCGGCGGCUCGGACCCCCUCCCCUGGCUCCCCCCAUCAGUGCAGCUCUCCGGGCGAUGCCAGAAUAGAUGCCGGGGCAAUGUCCCGCCGCAAACAGGGCAACCCGCAGCACUUGUCCCAGAGGGAGCUCAUCACCCCAGAGCCUGACCAUGUGGAGGCCGCCAUCCUCGAGGAAGACGAGGGUCUGGAGAUAGAGGAGCCCAGCAGCCUGGGGCUGAUGGUGGGUGGCCCCGACCCUGACCUGCUCACCUGUGGACAGUGUCAGAUGAACUUCCCCCUGGGGGACAUCCUGGUUUUUAUAGAGCACAAGAAGAAGCAGUGUGGCAGCAGCUUGGGUGCCUGCUAUGACAAAGGCCUGGAGCAGGGCAGCCCACCGCCCUCCUCACGCUCUGAGCUCAGGAAAGUGUCAGAGCCGGUGGAGAUCGGGAUCCAGGUCACCCCCGACGAAGAUGACCACUUGCUCUCGCCCACGAAAGGCAUCUGCCCCAAGCAGGAGAACAUUGCAGGGCCGUGCAGGCCUGCCCAGCUGCCAGCGGUGGCCCCCAUAGCUGCCUCCUCCUCCCACCCUCACACAUCCGUGAUCACUUCUCCGCUGCGCGCCCUGGGCGCUCUGCCGCCCUGCUUCCCCCUGCCGUGCUGCAGCGCGCGCCCUGUCUCGGGUGACGGGACUCAGGGUGAGGGUCAGACGGAGGCUCCCUUUGGAUGCCAGUGUCAGUUGUCAGGUAAAGAUGAGCCUUCCAGCUACAUUUGCACAACAUGCAAGCAACCCUUCAACAGCGCGUGGUUCCUGCUGCAGCACGCGCAGAACACGCACGGCUUCCGCAUCUACCUGGAGCCCGGGCCGGCCAGCAGCUCGCUCACGCCGCGGCUCACCAUCCCGCCGCCGCUCGGGCCCGAGGCCGUGGCCCAGUCCCCGCUCAUGAAUUUCCUGGGCGACAGCAACCCCUUCAACCUGCUGCGCAUGACGGGCCCCAUCCUGCGGGACCACCCGGGCUUCGGCGAGGGCCGCCUGCCUGGCACGCCGCCGCUCUUCAGCCCGCCGCCGCGCCACCACCUGGACCCGCACCGCCUCAGUGCCGAGGAAAUGGGGCUCGUCGCCCAGCACCCCAGUGCCUUUGACCGAGUCAUGCGCCUGAACCCCAUGGCCAUCGACUCGCCUGCCAUGGACUUCUCGCGGCGGCUCCGCGAGCUGGCGGGCAACAGCUCCACGCCGCCGCCCGUGUCGCCGGGCCGCGGCAACCCUAUGCACCGGCUCCUGAACCCCUUCCAACCCAGCCCCAAGUCCCCGUUCCUGAGCACGCCGCCGCUGCCGCCCAUGCCCCCCGGCGGCACGCCGCCGCCUCAGCCGCCCGCCAAGAGCAAGUCGUGCGAGUUCUGCGGCAAGACCUUCAAGUUCCAGAGCAAUCUCAUCGUGCACCGGCGCAGCCACACGGGCGAGAAGCCCUACAAGUGCCAGCUGUGCGACCACGCGUGCUCGCAGGCGAGCAAGCUCAAGCGCCACAUGAAGACGCACAUGCACAAGGCCGGCUCGCUGGCCGGGCGCUCCGACGACGGGCUCUCGGCCGCCAGCUCCCCGGAGCCCGGCACCAGCGAGCUGGCCGGUGAGGGCCUCAAGGCGUCCGACGGCGACUUCCGCCACCACGAGAGCGACCCGUCGCUGGGCCACGAGCCCGAGGAGGAGGACGAGGAGGAGGAAGAGGAAGAGGAGGAGCUGCUGCUGGAGAACGAGAGCCGGCCCGAGUCGAGCUUCAGCAUGGACUCGGAGCUGAGCCGCAACCGCGAGAACGGCGGCGGCGGGGUGGUGGCCGGGGUGCCGGGUGCGGGCGGCGGCGUGGGCGGCGCGGCCAAGGCGCUGGCCGACGAGAAGGCCCUGGUGCUGGGCAAGGUCAUGGAGAACGUAGGCCUGGGCGCGCUGCCGCAGUACGGCGACCUGCUGGCCGACAAGCAGAAGCGCGGCGCCUUCUUGAAGCGCGCGGCGGGCGGCGACGCGGGUGACGACGACGAGGUCGCGGGCGGCUGCGGCGACGCGGGCCCGGGCGGCGCGGUCAACGGGCGCGGCGGUGGCUUCGCGCCGGGCGCCGAGCCCUUCCCGGGCCUCUUCCCGCGCAAACCCGCGCCGCUGCCCAGCCCCGGGCUCAACAGCGCGGCCAAGCGCAUCAAGGUGGAGAAGGACCUGGAGCUGCCGCCCGCCGCGCUCAUCCCGUCCGAGAACGUGUACUCGCAGUGGCUCGUGGGCUACGCGGCGUCGCGGCACUUCAUGAAGGACCCCUUCCUGGGCUUCACGGACGCGCGCCAGUCGCCCUUCGCCACGUCGUCCGAGCACUCGUCCGAGAACGGCAGCCUGCGCUUCUCCACGCCGCCCGGGGACCUGCUGGACGGCGGCCUGUCGGGCCGCAGCGGCACGGCCAGCGGGGGCAGCACGCCGCACCUGGGCGGCCCGGGCCCCGGGCGGCCGAGCUCCAAGGAGGGCCGCCGCAGCGACACGUGCGAGUACUGCGGCAAGGUGUUCAAGAACUGCAGCAACCUGACGGUGCACCGGCGGAGCCACACCGGCGAGCGGCCUUACAAGUGCGAGCUGUGCAACUACGCGUGCGCGCAGAGCAGCAAGCUCACGCGCCACAUGAAGACGCACGGGCAGAUCGGCAAGGAGGUGUACCGCUGCGACAUCUGCCAGAUGCCCUUCAGCGUCUACAGCACCCUGGAGAAACACAUGAAAAAGUGGCACGGCGAGCACUUGCUGACUAACGACGUCAAAAUCGAGCAGGCCGAGAGGAGCUAAGCGCGCGUGCGUGCGCCGGCCGGGCACCGCGCCCCUGUACAGUGGACCCGUUGCCAAACUAGAGAAUGCUGACCUGACACUUGCCUCCGUGUCCCCGCCACUUAGCCCCCCUGCGCGUGUCCCCGGGGCCCAGGGGAGGCAACCCUCCAACCUAACCUGUGUCUGCGAAGUCCUAUGGAAACCCGAGGGUUGAUCAAGGCAGUAAAAAUUGUGGAGCCUUUUAACUGUGCAAUAAUUUCUGUAUUUAUUGGGUUUUGUAAUUUUUUUGGCAUGUGCAGGUACUUUUUAUUAUUAUUCUUUCUGUUUAAAUUCCUUUAAGAGAUUUUGUUGGGUAUCCAUCCCUUCUUCGGUUUUUUUUUUUUAACCCAGUAGUAGCCUGAGCAAUGACUCCCAAGCUAUGUAGAGGGGAAGCCUAUCUUUUAAAUUAUAAUUUGGGGGGAGGGCGCUGCUUUUUUGAAAUCUAAGCUAAGCAUGUGUAAUUUCUUGUGAAGAAGCCAACACUUACAUGACUUUUAAAGUUGUUUACUUUCUUAUUCCUUCUUCUUUUUUUUUUUUUUUUUUUGAUCCUGAAAUAAAAAGUGGCAUGCAGUUUUUUGGGGGAUUUUUUGGGGGUGGAGAGUGGAUGUACAGCGGAUAACAAUCUUUAAAGUUGUAGCACUUUGUUUCAGAAUUGGAAUGGAGAUGUAGCACUGAUGAUGUCCCGAGUAACAGAGGCCUUUUCUGUGUUGAUUUCAACCUUACUAUAUAAUAGGAAACCUUUGAGUGGUGGGUAGAGGCCCUCCCAAAAACUCAGCACCACCUGAGAAACAGGAGUUUUUCCGGGCUGCCGCCUGGGGAAAUGGCCCAAGUGCAUUCUAGAUUUGUGCAUUCCCAGCAGAUCUUGUCCUUUUCUUGGAAUGUGCCCUGGGAAAAAAAUCAUUCAUUAUUUGCGGUAGAUUAGACUAAGUAAAAUGGGCCAUGGGUACUUUUCGGGGUGGAUGGUGGUGGCCUGCAGUGACGCAGAAAGGAAAGAAACCAGCGAUAUUCUUUCAGGCUUCUGGCUUGACAGCUUCUGUCUCUUCUUCCCAUCACCCCCACCACAGAAAUCCUAAGUCACACUUUGUUACAAGUGACAACUGAUCGCUUCUCCAGCAGACAAGUGUCCUGAUGGAGAAUUGAGGGAAGUUCCUGUUCUCUCAUCUGAUGCACACUGAUGACAUUGUACGGACGGAGGUGGGUGGGGAAUCUUGCCAAUCUCAGUUCCCUUUUACUGGAAAACGGGAAGAGUUCCAUCCGAAGGUGCCCAGCGCUACUUCCCAGUUUUUCUGUUUUUUUUUUUUGUUUUGUUUUGUUUUGUUUUUUUCUAUCCCAUUAGGUUGGAAGGUACGAAACAUUGGACUGUUAAGAUUAGACAUUUGAAUUCUGUUGACCCGCACUUUAAAGCUUUUGUUUGCAUUUAAAUUAAAUGGCUUCUAAACAAGAAAUUGCAGCAUCUUCUUUUUGGCCCAGAGGUGGGUUAAACUGUAAGGGACGGCUGAGAUUGAGUGUCGGUAUUGCUAAGCGUGGCAUUCACAAUACUGGCACUAUAAAGAACAAAAUAAAAUAAUAAUUUAUUGGACAGUUUUUCUACUGCCAUCCAAUUUGAUGUGAGUGCCUUGAAAACUGAUCUUCCUAUUUGAGUCUCUUGAGACAAAUGCAAAACUUUUUUUUUUUGAAAUGAAAAGACUUUUUAAAAAAGUAAAACAAGAAAAGUACAUUUCUUUAGGAACAAACAAAGCCACAUUUACUUAAAAUAAAUUUUUUAAAAUCCUGGUUGAGGACACGAAAAUGCCAUAAGACCCAAUCAAAUGAAGAAAUAAACCCAGCACAACCUUGGACAUUCAUUAGCUGAAUUAUCCUCAGCCCCUUUUGUCUGUGGGACAACGCUGCUUAGAUCUGGAGUGGAGGUGAUUUACUGCUGAAUUAAAACUCAAGUGACACAAGUUACAAGUUGCUAUCGUUGAAUGAAAAAACAAAAACAAUUCAGGAACAAUGGCUAAUUUUUUUUCUAAAGUUAAAUUUAGUGCACUCUGUCUUAAAAAUACGUUUACAGUAUUGGAUACAUACAAGGGUAAAAAAAAUGUGUGUAUGUGUGUUGGAGCGAUCAUUUUUUUUCAAAGUUUGCUUAAUAGGUUAUAAAAAAAAAUGCCACAGUGGCUGCGUGUAUAUUGUUUUCUUUUGGUGACGGGGUUUUAGUAUAUAUUAUAUAUAUUAAAAUUUCUUGAUUACUGUAAAAGUGGACCAGUAUUUGUAAUAAUCGAGAAUGCCUGGGCAUUUGACAAAACAAGAAAAAAAAAAAACCUUUUCUUUUCCUUGAAAAUGUUGCAGUAAAAUUUAAAUGGUGGGUCUCUAAUAAUUUGUUCUUGUCACAGUAACUGUAAAGUCGGAGUUUUAGUACAUUUUUUUUCUGCCUUGGGUGUUGAAUUUUUAUUUCAAAAAAAAUGUAUAGAAACUUGUAUUUGGGGAUUAAAAGGGGAUUGCUACACCAUGUAGAAAAAGUAUGUAGAAAAAAAAGUGCUUAAUAUUGUUAUUGCUUUGCAGAAAAAAAAAUCCACAUUUCUGAUCUGUACUUAUUUUUCUCUCCACCUCCCUCUGGAAUGGAUAUAUUGGUUGGUUCAUAUGAUGUAGGCACUUGCUGUAUUUUUACUGGAGCUUGUAAUUUUUUAACUGUAAGCUUGUCCUUUUAAAGGGAUUUAAUGUACCUUUUUGUUAGUGAAUUUGGAAAUAAAAAGAAAAAAAAAAAACAAAAACAAGCAGGCUGCCAUAAUAUAUUUUUUUAAUUUGGCAGGAUAAAAUAUUGCAAAAAAAAAAUUUGUAUGUGAAGUCCUAUUGUACAGGAGAAAAAAGGGUUGUUUGACAACCUUUGAGGGAAAGAAACAAAAGGAAGUAGCUAAAUGCUUUGGUUCACAAAUCAUUUUAGUUGUAUAUAUUUUUGUCAGAAUUGGCCUCUACAAAGGACUGUUUGAGUCGGGCUCCCCUCUGAACGCCCCAAACCUUGCAUCAAGGCUCCCUGGUGUGGCCACAGCAGAGCGGAUGGGAAAUUCUUUAUUCGUAUUGAGGGAAAGAUCAGUUUUUGAAAAGAUGUCGGUAACGUUUCACAGUCCUCCCUUUCUCUAAGCGGCCAUCUGUAAGGAUGUCAGGUGUAGAGGAGAGAGGGCCGGAGCAUCUUCCUCCUCUACAGUUGCCACCGUGGCGUCACCACCACCUCUCCCGCCCUUCAGAGCAGAAAGAAAUGCAGAGGAGCUUCCUUUAGUCCUUGAGACAACAUUAAACAAGCAAAAAAAUGUCAUAAAGGUCGCUGGCCGGUCAGCGAGGCCCAGGUGACGCGAUCCGCUGCUGGGACCUGGGCAAAGCGGAUUUCAGGAAGGAGUCCCCAUCGCGAGCAGGAACUGUGGUUCCGUGGAGAGCGCUGGCCUGUUGUCUUCCUUACCUGCUUUGCUGCUUUUCCCUCUGAAACCCACCUUCCGUCAGUUUCCGAAUGCCCAGGGCCUGGGAUGGAUUCGGUGCCUUUCCGCAGCUCUUUCUCUCUCUUCCCUCUAUUUCCUCGCCAUCCUCCAGCCUCUGUCGGUCCUUUAUUUGUUCUUUUCAUUUCUACUUGAUUUCUUUCUCCGUUUCUGUCCCUCCCUCCCCCCCCUUUUUUUGUAAAGCCAAGUAGCUUUAAGAUAAUAAAAUCGUGGUUUUUUUGGAUGAGGGAAUAACACAUUUGAAGAAAUAUCUAUAUCAGGAAGCCAUUUUUUAUUUCAGGAACUGUAAGAAACCAUUAUUUCAGGUGAUGAGAGUAUAACCAAGCAUCCUUUUGGGCAAUUCUUUACCAAAUGCAGAAUCUUGCUUCUGGGCGCUUUUCUGUUUGACAUGCUCUUUCCUCCUUGCCACUUAACUUUGCCAAGUGAGAAGAAGGGAGAGGAGGUGGGAGGUAAAGCUGAGCUGUCCACUUCUUACUUGCUUGACCCGAAGACCCAGGGGCUGCCCCUUCCCCCAGAUGCCCUGUGAAGGUCCGUGAGAGCCUCCAAGGUGACCCUCCUGUAGUUACAAAAGCUAGCUAGCUCUCACCAGCUUACGCAAAGUCACCACCAUGCCAGGACUAAGCCAUCCUAAAGCACAAAGAUGGUGUCUCUGUCAGCUGCAGAGAAAAGAGCAUUUUGCAUCUCUUUCGUGUUUUAAAAAGCCAACACCGAAGCUGGUGACCCAGUGAGAGAGGCCCCGAGCCUGGGCGGGGAGGUCCAGCCGACCUCAGGCUGUUUUCCACACUGCCACAACUUGAUUCAAAGUUGCCCCAAAUUGGAACCUGCCACUUGCCGUUUGAGGGUCUGGUGGGGAGAGGAGAAGGCUGAAUUCCUCUAAGCGAAAUGUGAAAAGUCAGGAAACCCACCUUUCAUCCUGGUCCUAAGUGACAGGCAGAGGCUUUGUGGAGCACAGGCAGACCCGAGAUUCUGGUGCUUUUUGUAUCCGCCCCGUGAAGCAAAGUCACAUUGAGUUCAGUUGUUUGCAUUUGUACUGGCAAGGCAAAAUAUUUUUAUUACCUUUUCUAUUACUUACUGUGUGAACUUUUGUUGUUUACUUGGAGGUUCUGUCCUUUACUACAAGUUUGGAACUAUUUAUUAUUGCUUGGCAUUUGUGCUCCGUUUAAGAAACGGGCUCUUUUUUUUUUUUUUUAAUUAUGGAUAAAAUGUUGAGAUGACAGGAGGUCAUUUCAAUAUGGCUUAGGAAAAUAUUUAUUGUUCCUUUUAUUCUCUGUACCAGAUUUGGGGGCCUCUUUUUUUCCCUUAAUGUCACGAUGUUGAGUUCAGCAUGUGUCUGCCAUUUCAUUUGUACGCUUGUUCAAAACCAAGUUUGUUCUGGUUUCAAGUUAUAAAAAUAAAUUGGACAUUUAACUUGA